AGGUGGUCCCAGUGGUGAUCGGCACAUUGGGUGCCGUGCCAAAAGAUCUCAGCCAGCAUUUGGAAACAACAGACAUUGACAAAAUCACAAUCUGCCAACUGCAAAAGGCCACCCGACUGGGAUCUGCGUGCAUCAUCCGAAAAUACAUCACACAGUCCUAGACACUUGGGAAGUGUUCGACUUGUGAUUUUGUGAUACGAAAUCCAGCAUAUCUAUCUUGUUUUCUGUGUCAUAAUAAAAUAAUAAUAAUAAUACUUUAUUUUUGUAUCCCGUCACCAUCUCCCCGAAGAGUCUCCAGGCGGCUAACGCGGGGCCAAGCCCGGAAGAAGUCAAAAUGUAAACAAGUUAAAAUAUAAAACAAAAUGAUAAAAUAACAAGACAAUAUAGCAAUCAAAACGGAUUAAACAACAAUUAUACAGAUAUGCAAAUAAAACCAUAAAACAAGAUAAAAAGUUAUAAAACAUGUUAUAAAAUAGGGACUCAGAACAAAGUGCAUCAUAGCUAGAUUAUUUGGUAAGGUGUCAGCGAUACUACUCUGUACUAUUGAAUCUGACCAACCAAAGAUGCCCCUAGGUAGCAAGCAGCCAGGCUUUGAAGCAGCGAGGCUGUUCAUUGCCCAAAAAACCAUUCCCGUAGAACGCAAGUAUUCAGCCUUCCAAGCAGCAGGCCUAUUCCAUUGUAUUCCAGCUCACCAAACAAGGAUUCCCUUUAGGAGACAACAGCCAGGCUUUGAGGCUGCAAGGCUAUUCCACCUGGCCAGCAAAGCAUUGCCAUAAGCACAGCAAGGCGUGGCCGGGCACAGCUAGUGUAUGUAUGUCUGAAACCUAAAACACUUCUGGUCCCAAACCUUUUGGAUAAGGGAUGCUCCACCUAUGUUUGUCUACUAAACCCAGAGAGGGAUUUUUCCACCAAUAAUGACAAAGGGAAAGGCUUGGUUGCUGGGCAGAAUAACGCCCCCAGCAACCCCUGUAAGUUCAGGUAAGGAUACUACUUUUUCCCCUUCCCUCUCUUUUGGGUCAAAAUCCCGCCCUCCUCCCAGAUUCCCCUCCUUCCUUCCCUUUUUAUAGGGCCAUCCAGGUGCAGCAUUGGAUGCUGCUUCAUUCCGGGAGAGACACGUGUUGAGGGCACUCGUGGGAAAGGGAACUUCGCCUGCAAAUAACUUCUACAGGCCGGGAGAGGGUCCCUGCGCCCCGAAUGGAGGGCCCGGAUUCGUUGCCGGAGGACGAGGACGAGGGGGCCCCUGAGUGUGGGGAGGGGGCCCCCGGGGGGCGGUGGGCACGGCAGCAGCGGCUCUUCCGGGAGUUCUGCCAGGGGGCGGCCCAGGGGCCCCGCGAGACCUGCCUGCGCAUCCGGGCCCUGUGCCAGGAGUGGCUGCAGCCCGAGAGGCGCUCCCGCAGGCGCAUGCUGGACCUGGUGGUGCUGGAGCAGUUCCUCAAGGCCCUGCCGCCCGAAGUCGAGCAGCGCAUACGCAGCCUCGGGCCCCGCACCAGCACCCAGGCCGCCGCCCUGGCCGAGAGGCUCCUCCGCCGCAGGAAGAUGCAAGGAAAAACAGACGAACCCGAGGAUGAGGACACACCACCGGCCAACUCAAGUGAUGCACCCGAUGACGAAGAGAUCCUUCAGGAAAGUGAAAGAGAUGCUGAAUCCCCAGGAAAUGAAGCAUCCAAUGGAGACACCCAAAGGGCACCUGAGGGUCCUCUGAGACCUCCACCAUCUUUGCCUAAUAUGAUGGAAUUGCCUAUAGGAUCCAAUGAGAUCCAACAAGAUUCAAGAGAGGAUCCAGUGAACCUUGGAGAACUGGCUUCAUCCCAAAGGGAUCCAUUGGUUCCAUUGGAUCUACACAUAGAAACUGUGUCUCUGAAGGAAAUCCCUUCGCCUGCAGAAAAGGAAGCCCCGGGGACUGAUGUCUCCAAUGAAGACGAGCAAUCUGCAGAUAUUGGCUCAGAUGGAGAAGAAAACGAGAUAGAUGACGGGAUGGAAAGCGAUAAAAAGAAUGAAGGCCUGAAAAGCCAACCCGAUGAAGCACAGCAAACACAUGGAAACAAGUGGCGUGUUGUCGAAAAUAAUUUGCUCGAGCCUUCAAUAGGAGGAGGCUCUCAUGACGAAUCUGAAAGGUGUACGGAUGACGACGCGGAUCUCCUCUUGGUUUGCUCUGAAUGUGGGAAAUGCUUCGUCCAUCCGGCGGAUCUUACGAAACACGAGAAAACUCAUAUCGGAGGGGAAGAGGAUCCAAAGCAAUUGACUCGCAGCUCGGACCAAGUACUUCCUACGAGCGAAUGUCCCUAUAAAUGUAAAAUUUGCGGAAAUGCUUUCGAGAAGCGCGAGAGACUCGUCCAACAUCAGAGGAAGCACGAGAAAAAGCCCUGCCAGUGCUUGGAGUGCAAGAAAGCCUUUGGUGACGUCAAAACGCUUCAAGCGCAUCAAAGGAUGUAUAGAAAUAUGAACGCUGAGCGCAGAGAAAGCCGUAGCCAGCUUUUCAGCCUUUUCGCUUUUCAGAAUAUGUUUUUGGGUGAGAAAACUUACAAAGGCACAGAGUCCGGGAAGCGGUUCAAAAGCAGGACGCUUCUUGAAGCACACCCGAGGAUCCACACAAGCGAGAGGCCUUCUGAGCUUGGAAGAAGCACUCCCAUGAGCGAGAAAACCCGUGAAGGCCUGCAGAAUGGGAAGAACGUCUCUCAUCUCGCAAAUCUUCAAUCCAGUUUAAAGGCACAUGCCGCGGAGAAGCGCUAUGGCUGUCCCGAGUGCCCCAAGACCUUCGCUUCCAGGGAACAAUCUACAUCCCACCAAAGGAAUCACACACGCGAGAAACCUUAUAAAUGCCCCGACUGCGGGAAGAGCUUUGCCUGGAUUUUUCACCUUAAGGCGCAUCGGGCCAUCCACGCGGCGGAGAAACCCUAUAAAUGCUCUGAUUGUGGAGAAAGCUUCGUCCAGGAUUCACAUUUAAAGGCACACCAAAGAAAGCACACAGGAGAGAAGCCCUAUAAAUGCUCCGACUGUGGGGAAAGCUUCGUCCAGGAUUCGCAUUUAAAGGCACACCAAAGAAAGCACACAGGAGAGAAGCCCUAUAAAUGCUCCGACUGUGGGGAAAGCUUCGUCCAGGAUUCACAUUUAAAGGCACACCAAAGAACCCACCAUGCAGGAGAGAAACCCUACAAAUGCUCCGAUUGUGGGGAAAGCUUCGUCCAGGAUUCGCAUUUAAAGGCACACCAAAGAAAGCACACAGGAGAGAAACCCUACAAAUGCUCCGACUGUGGGGAAAGCUUCGUCCAGGAUUCGCAUUUAAAGGCACACCAAAGAAAGCACACAGGAGAGAAACCCUACAAAUGCUCCGAUUGUGGGGAAAGCUUCGUCCAGGAUUCGCAUUUAAAGGCACACCAAAGAACGCAUACAGGAGAGAAACCCUAUAAAUGCUCCGACUGUGGGGAAAGCUUCGUCCAGGAUUCGCAUUUAAAGGCACACCAAAGAACGCAUAGAGGAGAGAAACCCUAUAAAUGCUCCGAUUCUGGAGAAAGCUUCGUCCAGGAUUCACAUUUAAAGGCACACCAAAGAAAGCACACAGGAGAGAAGCCCUAUAAAUGCUCCGACUGUGGGGAGAGCUUCAUCCAGGAUUCACAUUUAAAGGCACACCAAAGAACGCACCACGCAGGAGAGAAACCCUACAAAUGCUCUGACUGUGGGGAAAGCUUCGUCCAGGAUUCGCAUUUAAAGGCACACCAAAGAAAGCACACAGGAGAGAAGCCCUAUAAAUGCUCCGACUGUGGGGAAAGCUUCGUCCAGGAUUCACAUUUAAAGGCACACCAAAGAACGCACCACGCAGGAGAGAAGCCCUACAAAUGCUUAGGCUGCGGGAAGAGUUUCAGCCGCAGCUCAGAAUGGAAGGAGCACCAACGAAUCCACGCAAAGGAGAAACCUUUUAAAUGCCUGAUAAAUAACUGCGGAAAGGGGUUCUGCGGUGUGAAAAAUCUCAAAAAGCAUCAGAGGAAUUUCCAUCAGCAAUCGACCGGUCCCAAGGAGUGAUGCCAGGAAGAUUUUGAAAUGUGCGCCCAAUCCAAAGGGAAAUGUAGAUACAACUGACAUAUACGAGGGCUAUCCAGAAAGUUCAUUACGUUUUGGAAUUAAAAAUAAACAAAGUAUAGGAGAAAACAUUUACCAUAUUCAGUUGAAAGCCAGACCCAAAUACUAGUUCUCACCAUAGUCCCCACUAUGGGGGGGGGGAGGGCUUUUCAAACACUUUUAUCGCUAUGAUAACUACCUAGAUUUCAGUGGGGACUAUGGUGAGAACUAGUAUUUGGGUCUGGCUUUCAACUGAAUAUGGUAAAUGUUUUCUCCUAUACUUUGUUUAUUUUUAAUUCCAAAACGUAAUGAACUUUCUGGAUAGCCCUCGUAUAACUGGGAUGACCUGGAUGUCGUUGGGACAUCCAACACUUUCUCUCUUCUCCAGCUCUGAGAAGGUCUCCCUCACAGUAUCUCAAUUGCAAUGCUGUGGCAACUCUCUUUGUCUCUUCCUUUCCUUCCUCCAUUUCCCUUUUUUCCUUUUCCUUCUUCCCUUGCUUCCUCCUCAUACUCCUUCCUGCCUUUCUCUUCCUUUCUUUUUCUUCCUUCCUUUCCCUUCCCUUAUGCCUUCCACCCCAUUCAUUUCUUUCCUCCUUUUUCCUCCCCUCUUCCUUCCUUCUCCCUUCCUUUCCCACAUACACAUACAUAUCACCCGGCUUCACUUCCUUUCUUUUCCCGUGACAUCACAGAGGGCCACUUCACCUAGCCACGGCCAAUCAGUUUUGUUCCGAUUCUUUUGCUCCGGGCCUGAAAGGAGUCGUUAUUUUAAUCCAAACCCAUCAAUUAUGUCUUAAGUUUGAGAAUGGAGGAUAUUUUGUGCCAAGUCUGAUUCUGAUCCAUCAAGCCACAGAGAAACUUUUGUGAUACAAAUGGACAAACAUACAUACAUACAUAUAUGCAUUGACUUUUUAUAUAUGUGGAUUGGAGUCUUUUUUUAAAAAGCUAAAGAUUCUUCAAUAAAAUUGAGUUGCAUUGUC